AUGCGUCCUCCAUCGUACCGGGGAGCUCGCGGUUCAGCAGGGCGCACGAGCACGGGAGGUCGAAGCGGCUUACGUUUCGACGGCCGGGGGCGCGGUCGCGGCCGCAGUGGACAAUUUCGUGAUGAAGGCCCGCCGAGCUCACUUGAAGAGAUCGGUACUUUCUUACACGCUUGUGAAGGUGAGAUUGUGUGUCUAUCGACGAACAAGAAGGUACCGUAUUUCAACGGAGCAGUUUACCUUGAAAACAAGACCCAGGUUGGGAAGGUCGAAGAAAUAUUUGGUCCAGUAAAUGACAAGAUGUUUACUGUGAAACUCAUUGAAGGAGUUAACGCAGAGUCGUAUGAGAAAGGUGCAAAGUUCUACAUCAGUCCAGACAAGCUCCUACCAGUUGAGCGUUUCAUCAACCCAGUGAGUGGUGGCAGAGCGAGCGGUAGAGGCCGAGCAGGGAGAGCCCCCGGGAUGAGAGGAGGUCGAGGAGGUCGAGGUACAGCACGGGGCGCUGCAAGAGGCCGAGGCGGUAGAUCACGUUUCUGA